AUGGAUCUCUCAGAUGCGUUUCUCGAAUGCCUUUGCGGGACCAGCAGGCACAACCAGGUCCUCAACGUGAAUAGCUACCGCCUGAUCACUGAAAAGCCCCCUCUCGAACCAUCUCCCACUGCCACUCUCUCUUCGGCCCCCUCUCAAGACAAAAAUGCCAUUCUUGCUAGCCAAAUAAUCGACAUCAUCCGGACGGCCUCCCGGUCCUCGCCCAAAACCGACCAUCCCAGCCGCGACAUCACCCACGACCUCACCCCCCUCAUCGAAGACACCACCCCAAUCCGCGCGGAGGACUGGACGUCCUACCUCACCGAACGCGUCCUCCGCGCGCUCGAGGAAACCAUCAAACACGUUGCCGAAGAGCAGGACACGUGGGGCGAAGCCCUGCGCGACGCAUACGGGUAUGCCGUGGAAGCUGUUCAGGCUGAGCUCACCGCGCUGUGGGAGCAUACUAAGGAGCACCCGUACGAGACAGUUGUUAUGGUUCUCCUGACAGUGUUAGCGCUGGGCGUGCUGGCUCGGCUGGUGCCUGUGUUUGUGAGGGUGCUGGGGUUUGCGAAGGAGGGGCCUUUGGAGGGGUCAUUCGCGGCCUGCUGGCAGAGCUUAUAUAAGGGACAUGUACCAAAGGGAUCACUAUGGUCCUUUCUGCAGCGCAUGGGAAUGACUUGGGAUUAA